AUGUACGUCCGCAAUUCCCCAUUCGAAGAUUAUGGAUUUAAGCCAGAAGUUGACGACGAUAGUGAUCCUCCUCUCCUGGAAGACUUAGGAAUAAACCCUGAACACAUAAAACAAAAAACUUUCAGCGUCCUCACUUUUACAUCAGUAGAUGAGCGACUUUUAAGCGACCCAGACAUGGCUGGCCCGCUCCUCUUUGUCGUGAUUUUCGGCGCUCUCUUACUUUUUGAAGGAUAAGGAUUAUUAAAGUCAGACGCUAGCCAUAUUGGUGACGCAGUCAUCAAAGACCUCCCGUACCGUACCGGAGGUUCUACCGCUUUUCGACUCCUGUCCAGAUGUGUCUAUCCCUCUUACAAGUGUCAUUCCGGUACCCUUCUGUCUCCUCCUUGCCUUGAUGCUUCAGUCUUGAGUGGCAGCUUAUGGAUUUCGGCGGGCCUACUACGGAAAAUUGGAGUAGAUUGAUUCCAAGGCCUUUCUUCGAGAGCUACAGCAAAAAGGCUAUUCCUUGUGACUUGGACACAAAUACCCAGUUUCUCGGUAGAGGAAUGCUCAUGGGUCCUCGGAUCCAAAGGACGUUGCUGAGCACCUUUAUUUCCAACCACAGGAAAGCAGCCAAAACCUACCCAGAUACACGCUACUUGAACCUGCACUUGAUUCUCAGCCCGCAGCCCGUCCCAGUUCGCCUUAACCAUAAGGUCUGGACUGCUGCGCCAAGAGGGCAGGCUAAUACAUGUCACCAUUUUUAAUGUAUCUUACUUUUUGCAGGAAAAGUCCACUUCGGCUAUAUUUAUGGCUUUGGCCUAUUAGGAUCAUUUGGAAUAUACGCAGUCAUUAAUUUAAUGUCUCAAGAAAGGGAGAUCGAUCUAUACAGAACCGUUAGCAUUCUCGGCUAUUCUUUACUGCCUAUUGUGCUACUAGCAGGAAUCGGAGUAUUUUUCAAGCUUAAUGGGCCACUUGGGACUGUGCUUGCAAUAAUUUGUGUAGGGUGGAGCACUUUUACAGCUGCAAAGUUCUUUGAAAAUUUACUUGAAAUGAAGGAUCAGAAGUAUCUGAUUAUGUACCCAGUUUGUCUUAUGUAUGCUUGCUUUACACUUUUGACAGUGUUUUAA